CUCAGAUCCUCUCUAGAAUAUUUACUGGGAGUUUCCUCGCUGCUACCGGCGACCAGCAGCUCCCCGGCCCCGACGCGAUUUUUCCUCCCGUCCGGGCGCGUGUGCUCGGCGUGGGCGGCUCCGCGUGAUGUUCUUCUCAUGCCGACACGAUGCUACGGCUCGCCGCCAUCCCCAUCCGGCGACCAAUGCAGCGCCUCGCCCGCAAACAAUGACCUCACUGCGCACGGACCUCCCUCCCAGGCCUCGCUCGAGCCCGUCGCCUGGCCACCCCCGCCGGUGCAGCUGACAGUGCCCAGCGCGCGCAGUCGACGGGCACGGCGUUCUGCUCGCGCCCUUCCCUCCUCGCCCGGCACGGCUCUUCUUCCUGCCACAUGUGACUCACGACCGCCUCCUCGCGACGCGCGUCCCGCUUUAGCCUCUGAGACAUAGCCGGCCUCGCAGUCACCGAUCGCUCGUCCAUUUUUCGUAGCGCGGGGCCGUCACAGCGCGUCCUCU